CUUUGAUGAAGUCACAGCUAAUAUUAAUGGGGGGGGAGGAGGGGGAUACUAACGGACCUUGCGAUCGGUGUGUGAUGAAUAUUGAUGGUCGAUCGCGGCGGCCCAUGAAAAACGAAUCGUAGUGUAGGCCUAGAUUGUAAGAUUAAGAGUGCACUGGCCACACGACCGACGCAUGUGGACACUUGUUUUGAGAUGCUUGCUACUGAUUUUUGUUUUGAAUGAACUCAACUCACUAAACACAAAGAAAAUCUGGUUACAGCCAAUCUUCUUACCACUACAAAACUCUCUCCAGAGAGCUUCUAGAAGAAGAAAUUGGAGGGCAAAAAGACAAUUUUGUUAUUAAAGCAAAAAUCCCACCAGACGCCAUAAAAGGAUUCCGAAUGCCCUACUUUGAGUCUGGCUCUGACGAAAUGCUUGACGUCCUAAAAGAAGAAGGCUACACGUAUGAUUCCACUCUGCUGGUCAAUCGACAGACAUUGCAGGAGGCGCCGUCCUGGCCUGCUACAUUCACGUACGAGUGGCCUUUCGCGUGUAAGCACGGAAGAUGUCCGACGUCGAACCAUUCAUCGCUCUGGGAG